GUGCUCGGCGCCGGAAGAGAAGCGGGUCUCUUCGGAGCCGGCCAUCUUGUGCGGCAGCGAGCAGGGCGCGGGGGCCCGGCAGCAUCGGAGGAGGAUCCCGCCGACGGGGGCCCAUCAUGCCCGGACACCUGCAGGAGGGCUUCGGCUGCGUCGUCACAAACCGCUUCGACCAGCUCUUUGAUGACGAGUCCGACCCCUUCGAGGUGCUGCGGGCGGCCGAGACCCGGAGGAAAGAGAGCGGCGGCGGGAGCCAGGGGGGCGGCGGGGCCCGCGGCGGCCCGGCGGGCGCCCAGACCAACUCCUCUGGUGGGGCCGGCGGCGGCGGCCCGGGCCAGGCGGGCGCCGGCGGCAGCGGCCCUGGCAGCGCCGCCAAGCAGCUGCGCAGGGAGUCCCAGAAGGAGCGCAAGAACCCGCUGCCCCCCUUCGCCGCCUCCGCCGGGGGCGCCGGCGACCGCCGUGAGGAGGGCAGUGGCCAGCCCGGCGCGCCGCUGCGGAAGGAGGGGAUAAGACGGAUUGGCAGAAGGCCUGAUCAGCAGCAGCAGCAGCAGCAGCAGGGUGAAGGCAAGCCUAUUGACAGGAGACCGGAGAGACGACCUCCUCGUGAGCGCCGCUUUGACAAACCCGCUGAUGAGAAAGGCGAAGGAGGAGAAUUUUCUGUUGACAAACCCAUUCUUGACCGACCUAUGCGUGGACGUGGUGGACUUGGAAGAGGACGUGGACGUGGACGUGGAAUGGGCAGAGGAGAUGGAUUUGACUCUCGUGGCAAACGUGAAUUUGACAGACAUAGUGGCAGCGAUAGAUCUUCUGUUUCACAUUCACAUUUCAGCGGCCUAAAGCAUGAGGACAAGCGUGGUGGCAGUGGAUCACACAACUGGGGAACCGUCAAAGACGAACUAACUGAAUUGGAUCAGUCAGCUGUAACUGAGGAAACGCCAGAGGGAGAGGAACAUCCGCCUGCUGAUUCUGAAAAUAAAGAAAAUGAGGUUGAAGAAGUUAAGGAAGAAGGCCCUAAGGAAAUGACCCUGGAUGAGUGGAAAGCUAUUCAAAGUAAGGAUCGUGCAAAAGUUGAGUUCAACAUCCGUAAACCAAAUGAGGGUGCUGAUGGGCAAUGGAAAAAAGGAUUUGUUCUUCACAAGUCAAAGAGCGAGGAGACAAAGGCGAUGACAGAAAUGCAGGGGAGUCUGCUGGAGUCAAAUGAGGCUCAUGCUGAGGACUCUGUAAUGGAUCAUCACUUCCGCAAGCCAGCAAAUGAUAUUACAUCCCAGCUGGAGAUCAACUUUGGAGACCUCGGCCGCCCCGGACGUGGUGGCAGAGGGGGACGGGGUGGCCGAGGGCGUGGUGGCAGGGCCAGCCGUGGAGGCAGAACUGACAAGUUGGUUAAGGAGUUUGAUGUGAUCCACACACCCAACCAGUCAAGUGCUUCUGCUCCUGAUGUAGAUGACCCAGAGGCUUUCCCAGCUCUGUCCUAAACUGGAUGUCAUAAGCCAACCCUGCCCUCGUCGGGCCUUCCUCUCCGAGGCUUGCAUGCUUAAGGAUCCUAAACAACUAAGAAAUUAAAAAAAAAAGACUGUCAUUCAUACCAUUCACACCUAAAGACUGAAUUUUAUCUGUUUUGAAAAUGAACUUCUCUCGCUACACAGAAGCAACAAUAUGGUAGUCAGUUUUGUAUCUAGAAAUGUAAUGGUAGCAGGGAUGUUUUCAUAAUUUUUUCAGAGAUUAUGCAUUCUUCAUGGAUACUUUUUUGUAUUGCUGCUUGAAAAUAUGCGUUUCCAAACUUGAAAUAUAGGUGUGAACAGUGUGUACCAGUUAAAA